UGUGUCUGUCCAUCUCCCAAACCACAACAAACCAAAACUUGGUUCAAAGGGAUAGAUAGCAUCGCAAAGUCUUGCUGUCUUCUGACUCACCACCAGAACCAACACUGUUUUUUAAUUAAUUAAAAUUCAACAAUUCCCAAAAUUAACCAAAAUUCAUCCUACUUUUUUUUGGAAUAUACUAUUCCCUCCCUCCCUCCCUCACCACCGUCAACCCUUGAGAAACUCUGAUCUUCACUGUCCUCUAACAUGAUAAACGAAAUAAAAUUAAAACUUUACAUAAAUUUCCCUGAAGAAUUUCUCCCUAAGAGCCCUUGUUAGCUUCAACAAAUUUGCCCAUCAGAUCUCUUUCUUUUUAUGGGCUUUUUUACUUAAUAAAAUUUCUUACUUUUUUUUUUCUGUCAGACCUUCUUCUUUCAUUCAAUAACUUGUCAUUGUACUGUUCUUUCUUUAGAUCUGGCGAUGUAAACUCAGAUUCUGUUUAGAGUUUCACGUCACUUGGGUUUUCUAUUUUUUGGUAAAUUUAUUUAUUUAUUCGUAAUAAUUAUUAUAAUUAAAAUUUUCGAUGGAUUUGGAUGAGUUUCGAUCUAUUCUUGACUCGGCGAACGUGGACGUGUGGACGUUUAUUGACACAGCGAUUCUAGUGGCGUCGCUGGACUACACGGCGGAGUUGAAGGAGCGGCGGGAUAAGAUUGUGGAGAGGCUUUAUGCCACGUGUAUUUCCACGCGGUGUCGAAACUGUGACUUCGGUGGCGGCGGAGAUAGUCGGGUUAAUGGAGUCGACGAUAAGAUUGAGAAGGAGAUUGAUCAUGAUGGCUUAAAUAAAGGCCACGAGUCGCCCUACACGCCCCGUUCAGUUGAUGUUGAUGAUGAUCACCACGAUCAUGUUGAUCAAGAUGAUGAUUUGGAUCCUUAUGGCGGCUUGUUUGAUGAUGAACAGAGAAAAAUUCUUGAAAUUAGAGAGCAUCUCGAAGAUCCUGACCAGUCUGAAGAUUCUCUGAUUGAUCUGCUUCAAAAUUUGGCAGACAUGGAUAUAACAUUCAAAGCUUUAAAGGAAACCGAUAUUGGGAGGCAUGUGAAUCGAUUGAGGAAGCAUUCAUCCAAUGACGUUCGAAGAUUAGUGAAGCAUCUCGUUAGAAAAUGGAAGGAGAUAGUAGAUGAGUGGGUGAGAUUGAAUCAACCUGGAGAAGUCAGUGCCCCGACGCUAAUGGAUGGAGACUCACCCCAACAAAAGAUUCCCCAGAAUGGGCGUCACCAGGUUCCGGAUUUUGCAUACUCUCCAAACCCACAGAAUGGAAGUUCUGGGUCAGAGAGGAAUAAUUCAGAGCCGGAAAGGAAGCCUAAACCGAAUUCGAAUUCAAAUGUGAAUCUGCCCCAGAAAGAAGCUGCUGCAUCUAAACCUCCAGCAGCUCAUGUUCCUCUAAGUGUACAGCGAAUGAGAGAACAACAACAACGUCAACAACAGCAACAAAAGGAAAGAAAUUUUGAUUCCGAUAGGCUUGAUUCAGCCAGAAAACGGCUUCAAGAGAGCUAUAAGGAGGCUGAAAAUGCCAAAAAGCAAAGAACAAUUCAAGUGAUGGACAUUCAUGAGAUACCAAAGUCCAAGCCAAAAAACUCCUUCUUUGGAAAGAACAAAAGCAGUGGAUCACAAGGCGGCAGACACUGGUGAAUGAACAUGGAAAAGACAAAGAUUAUCAAAAUUGUUACAAGUUAAAAACCCCUUUAUUGAUGUGGUUGGUUCAACCCCAAAAGGCUUUUUCUCGGCCUUUAUCGGGUGUGUGCCGGAAAAUCUUCAAACGGGUUUAUCUUUUUUAAUUUUUUGGAGGAAAAAACAAUUUUCUUUUGAUGAAUGGUUAAGAAAACAAAGUAAUAUAAAGCAAAAUAGAUUUUUUA